AUGCAUUUCGUUUUGGCAAUCAAUCGACUUUGGGCAAUUUCAUAUCCGAUGAAAUAUCAUCGCAUUUUUAAUCCCAAAAAUGCUUGGAUAACAGUCAUAUCUCUAUGGUCAUUUAGUAUGCUAAUCACUCUGCUUUAUUACAACGUCGAAUGCCUGCUUUAUGUCGAAGCUUAUAUUCAUUCAUGGUCAAACCUUUAUGGACCAUGUAAUCAUCCUUUCUUCGCUUAUAUUGCUAUGUUCCUGUCAGAUGGUGUCAUCGUUAUCACUGUUAUUAUCGAUGCCAUUGCUUUUUAUCGCAUCAUCACUUUUAAUUUCACAGCAGCUAAGUUAUUAUAA